AUGCUUCUCAUCGAUCUGGAACAAGGAGGCACUUGGGAUACGCUUUGUGCUCCAGAAAUACUCUAUACCUCAUGGAUGAAGAGACUGGCCAGAGACGACGCCGUUCCUGCAUCAAAAAGAUUGGAGUAUGAGACUUUGCUGUCGGUUACACUUUCCCAACGCACUUAUCGUCAAGAACUAUAUUCCAGUCCCCCACGCGGCUACUAUGACGAAUGGAUAAAUCUUACGGCCGAGAUGCAGGAGAGUGCUAUGGUAUUCGCUCUGGGAAAAGUUCUCUGGUGUAUGUUUGAAGGUUGCAGUCACACAUUGAACGGCCUGGAUGAGAACUACACAAAAGCUGUGACUACACAGUUCCCAGAGUUCAGAAAUACUCCUUUGAGAUUGCGGAAACUGAUUCAGAGCUGCACUCUGGGCGACCCUGAGACUCAGUCUCUCGAUAUCAGAGUUCAGAAAAGAGGUCACUUAUUUUUCACCGAGAGGAGAAACAGCAGAGGUGACUAUGUUGCAGAUAUAUCACCGCUCGAAAUUAUCAAAACCGCCCAGGAGCUCGCAUCCAUCAGACUGAGUGACAUGGAGUUUCACGAGACAGCGAAAGCCAGGCACAUGGAGGGGCGUCAUCAGAAUGGAUACAGUGAGCUCUUACGCUUUGCUGAGAGACCUAAGCUGGAAGAUGUGCUGAAAACUUUGCGACAGUAUGCUGCUUGGAUUGAUUAA